GGUGACUCCCAAUCCCUUGGAUACAGCUGGAGCAGGCCAGCUCCCCCAGAUGCUCUCCCAGCCCGUCCAGCCAGCCCAGGUCCAGCGGGUCCAGCAUUCCAGCAGUGGCAGAUGUCAAUGUUCAGCAGGAAAGGGUGAUCAAGGUCUACCAGGCUUGGCAGGACUUCCAGGACAGAAAGGAGAUCAAGGAGACAAGGGAGAGACCGGGAAAGAUGGGUUCCCUGGAAACUCAAGCCAGAAGGGUGACCAGGGUGUUUUCUGGCUUCCCAGGUCUGGAUGGUAUUCCUGGACAGAA